AUGGAAGGUAGAAGAAGGGAAAGCAAAGAACAAGACGAAAGUUCUGAGGAAGAUGAUAAGGAUGAAGGGUACGAAAACCUCAACCCGAAUAAUCUAGAAGAAGGAGAAGCCUGGUGGAAUUUGAAUAGCGAUGACGAUUAUUUACCGGAGAAUCAUCACGAUUGGAAUCAAGAAGAAGAGUACCAUUAUGAAGCAGGAUCGUUGAAUAAUGAAUAG